CUUCAGUUAUGACGAUAUUCUCACCAACUUCACUACCUCAUACUCGUGACACAUGUUCCAUAAUACUGAAAAGCUUCAUUCCUUCUUGACACCUAGUCAUAAGCGAGCGAGUUUUAUUAUCAUGUCUUUCCGGGUGUCGUUGCCUUCAUCACUCCCGCACAAGGCUUACGAAACUAUCAUGCCGUUGACACUGAAGAUGACCCCAGAUAAGGUCCCGUCUUCGUUGCACGAUGGUAUAAAAGUUUUUCCUCAGUCAGAUAUACAGAGGGACCUCACGGUAAGGAAGAGCACGACAUCAGGAAAUAAUUGUUAGUAUUUCUUUUGCCCCUUCUUCCUUUUGCUUUUUUUUUGUUUCAAAUCGCCUCCGAAGAUUUCCCCUUUCUCCUCUGACUUCAAAUACCUAGUUUCGCAUCUCGAAGCAUUAUUUGCACGAACUUUUCGGGACCAUAUAAAGCCAGACCAUUCCAGCAACCUUGCCUUGGUUGCACUUAUAUCCUCAGUAUAUUCGUACUUGUAUAUAAGGACGAUAGUACGGAGUCUUCUAGCCGAUUCUCAAGCAGGCACCUCCUACUCCUUGAAAGUAACCGAUGUAAACGAGGCGAUCGUAUCAUUGGAAGUUCUUCCGGAAGGGAUCGAUCGAAAAACAUAUUGGGAAUGGGACGAACAAGAACAGGAACUGGGAAAUUCGAUUCAUGGCAAACAGAACUUUGACAUCUCCACGGACAAUAUUAGUACUGCUUGUAUCAAAUUCUGCACAUUUGGCAUGUCCUCCCUGACCUCUGGGUCUGUUACCAGCGCCACUUCUAUAACGUUAACGGAAUCUAGCGUGCCCUCUUUAGAUUACGGGUCUGCUUCAACACCUUCGAACAAUGGUAAAAAGCGAACGGGAUCUGAAGAAGACAACGACCGUUACCCUUCCGAUAGUGAAAAAGGCAAGGCUCCAAAACAGCCAAAGAUCGAUAUGGGUGCGGAAAAUGGACAAGUCCGACUUGCAUGCCCCUACCGAAAGCACAAUUCAGUAAAGUACAGUAUACAUGGUUCGCGUGUUUGUGCAAUGAAUUACUGGCUGUCUGUUUCUAGAAUAAAGUUAGUGUCCCUCAUAUUCGACUAGACCAACCAAUUAACAAAACACAGAGAACAUUUAUACCGAGUCCAUCGAGCACCAAUCCAAUGCCGAAGAUGCGGGGCCACUUUCAAAACCGAGAGUGAGCACGAUUCUCAUAUUACGGCUCUCACGGCAUGCAGCCUUACUUCAUUUCCACCCAGUGACGGUAUAACGGGGGAUGUCGAACGAAAGCUACGAAGCCGGAAACAAUCUCCUACAUCUAAAAGUGAGGCGAAGCGUUGGGAAAACAUAUAUCGGAUUCUUUUUCCCAAUGAUGAAGAUGUACCUGAGCCCUGUAAGUUUUAUCCGAUGAAUCUUCUUUCGUUGCCCUGCUAAGAAGUAAACGAGACUUUGAACCAAUUCAGGAGGAGACGUUAAGGACACCAAAUUUGGUCGACCUGAAUGACUACGAGCUUUUCUCGCGCCGGGAAUACCCAAAUUUGAUCCGCUCCGCCUUACGUACCUUGAGCCCCUCAUUGUCUUCUGAGACUUGGGUAAAUGAUGUGGCUGAGACGAUUCAAAACUGCCACCAAGUUCUCCUAUCAAGCUACAGGGCCCAACACGUUUCCGACUCCACAUCUCGAAUGAUCUCAGAAUCAGAUGAAGAUGCACUAUUCCUAGAUUGUGGACCGACAUCAAUUUUCCCAUCGGCCUCCGAAGUUGGAACCUCUCCUGAGUCUAUCUUCACCCAGCCAAUUGAAAAUUUCGAUAUAGAUUUUUCAGAUAACUUUUGCCAUUUUUUGCCACUCACUCCGACGCAAGGGGGGUUUGGGACCCGUUUGUCGCGGAAGAUGUUCCUCAGCUUUACUUGAAUAAUCCCUCGACAGUUUUCGAGGUAGAGAAAGAAUAGGAGCGUUUUAUUCCAUCUACCUUGGAAGAAUGGCGGCAUGCUGGGCAGAUUCGCGAACGAAAUAGGUUGAACGUUCGUUCAUGAGAACAAAUAUUCGCGGGUGUUACAUUGGCAUGCGAUUAGAAACAAGGGUGUAUCUGUGAUGUUUUAUAUAUAAAGGAUCUUCUUUCUUUUCAGAUCCGUCCUCGCUUAUGGUUCGUUUUCUUCAAGUAUGGUGGUCUGACUUGACUAUCUCACAAUAUUUUAUUGGGAUAUCAUCCUCCCGGAAGUUACUUUAUUAUAAGAUCUAGAAAAAAAG